GAAACACCGUCAGGCACAUCGACACGGCAAAACACGAACAAAGAAAAUUAUACAGGUUUGGAACAACUUGAGGAUCAUGUCUGAGAAAGGACAUCAGCAGAAAGGAAGCAGUGAGACCUGCCAUCACUGCAAGCCAAAGACAUGCGCAAACAUGGCCGUCCCUCCUGCAUACGCUGACCUCGGCAAAUCUUCCAAAGAUAUCUUCAGCAAAGGAUAUGCCUUUGGAGUGGUUAAGCUGGACCUGAAGACCAAGUCUCAGAGUGGAGUUGAGUUUUCCACCGGCGGCUCCAGUAACACAGACACCGGAAAGGCGGCUGGAAACCUGGAGGUCAAGUACAAAGUGAAGGAUCUGGGCUUGAGUUUGAACCAGAAGUGGAAUACAGAUAAUAUUCUGACAACCGAAGUGACUCUGGAAGAUCAGCUGGCCCAAGGUCUGAAGCUGGGAUUGGACACUUCGUUUGUGCCCAACACUGGGAAGAAGAGCGCUAAGCUGAAGACGGGAUAUAAGCGUGAUUUCAUGAACGUGGGGUGUGAUAUAGAUUUCGACCUGGCUGGUCCCACGGUUCAUGCUGCAGCGGUUCUAGGUUAUGAAGGAUGGCUGGCCGGUUAUCAGAUGGCCUUUGACACGGCCAAGUCCAAACUCGCCCAGAACAACUUUGCUUUGGGCUACAAGGCGGGAGACUUCCAGCUACACACCAAUGUUAAUGAUGGUACGGAGUUCGGCGGCUCCAUCUAUCAGAAGGUUAAUGAUCAGUUGGAGACGGCGGUGAAUCUGGCCUGGACCGCAGGCAGUAACAACACACGCUUUGGCAUCGCUGCUAAAUACCAGCUAGACAAAGAGUCCUCCAUCUCUGCCAAAGUGAAUAACGCUAGUCUGGUUGGAGUAGGAUACACACAGAGCCUCCGGCCAGGUGUGAAGCUCACUCUAUCUGCUCUGAUCGACGCCAAGAACUUCAACGCCGGAGGACACAAGGUGGGCAUGGGCUUCGAGCUGGAGGUGUAACGACGGACGGACGAAAGCAGAGAGGCAUCAGUAGAAAGGAAAGAAACACCAGGGAGCUGACAGCACGACUUCUGCACCUGCAAACACACACUUUUCCCCUGUAAUUCCUGAUUAACUAAUCUGGCCUCAAACCCUGUAGACCCUCAACUAAUGAGAAACAGGAUCAUCAGUCACAUGAUUUCUGUCCACACCAAUCCAAACUCACUAUGUGACAACAUAUCAGCAAUUAUUAAUGUUACACAUGUGGCACCGUUUCUUUUGUUUUUAAAUUGAACUAGCUAAGUAUCCUGAUGAUUGUUUUUGGUUUCUGAACAGUCCUGAUGUGUAUGUUGUGCUCAUAGUUCAUGGGAUUAAUGGUACUCUCUGAAUGUCAAGCCCCUCUCACUCACGUUUGUCCAGUUUCUUCAUAACAUUCAUUGCCAAACGCAUAAUAUUUUAUCACACAAGUGGGUUGUCUAUGUUUGUGGGCUGGAGUUAUUAGAGGACGGUCCAUUGACCUUCUCUGUAUUUGUUUUUAUUUCCAUAAAAAAAAAACUGAUUUAUGUUAAAAGCAGAGGACUAGAAGAAGAAACUGGUGUUGUGGAACUCAAUAAAGAGAAAUACUGACUGAAUGAA